AUGGCCCGCCGCAAGGCGGUGGCGAACGGCAGUACUUCGCGCCGCUCGGGGUGGGUUAUUUCACGUUCUGCUAAUGCAGCAGAACAACUGGGUCCUGCCAUGUCACCCACCAAAUCCCGGCCAGGAACUCCCCGAGAGAGACAGACUCCCAGAAAGGCCGCAGCCAGAGGUCCGUGGAGCGAGGAACGGCUCUUGACUAGUGCUAAGUCACGUCUCAUUGAUCUGGAUCUGACGAAACUACUGGCCAAACCCGAGGCAUGGAACUUGCUUAACGAAGACGAGAAACAAGAGAUCCUUGCAUUACUCCCUGACAAUACCCAUCCAAACCCAGAACCCUCACCAGAAAAUCCUGAUGCAGGGAUACCACCCCUUCCUGAGCAUUUCCUCCGAUACUCCAACAACUGGCGUGACAGUAUUCGGCAGUUCCAAAUCGACCUCCAGAAUGGCCGCUAUGACCCUGAAUGGUUGCGCCGGGCUGAGGAGGCGGGGAGACAGCGGGAGGAAGGCGACUUUGAUAACUUCAAAGAACGGGAGUUUGAGGAGUUCUGGGGACAAAAGCAGAAGAUGGACCAUAGCUUGCUUGCUGGAGAAAGCUCGCGCGUGAAGUUGGUGACUCUCAUCGAGGCAGGCGUUAUAUUGCCCGGGGAUGUCUGGAAGUUUACCCAUGUGUUCGGCAGACCACCCAACAGGAUAGUGGUCGAAAAGGAAGCCAGAAUCAGCGAAAUUCACGGCAAGAAUAUGACUUUCGUGAUUCCCGAGGGUCAACGUGUUUUUCUUUCCAGUCUUCCAACUCAGGGUCAAGAUUCCAAGGCCCCAGAGCAACAAAAGGAGACGAAAGAGGACCCCGAUGUAGGGACCGACCCAGCCCCUACAGAUGCGGAUGAGGAACAAAAACCUGCCGGUCAGCCAAACCACCAGGUCCUGAUGGUCAGUCCGAACGAGGACUCGGUUUCAAAUGGCGAGGGAUUCAAGCGCACGACUCCGCCGCCUGAACCACAGCCUCCGGCGAAACGGCGACGAGGCCUGCCUCCCUCGAACAAAAACAAGCCGAAACAGGCCCCUCCGGACACGAACGAUAAAAACGAAGUGAACAGUGUCACCCCACAGCCCAGCCCAGUGAGAAUCGCGGUAGAAAUCAACAGCCAUCGUUCUCCCGCGGUUGAAUCCUCCGUCCCAACAGAAGCAUCUGCCGAUAACACUGCUGAAAAUGCGGACGGCGCUGAAAACACUGCUCAGGCCGUGGCACCACCACCGGCCAACACUGAAGAGACCGAACAUACUGAAACAAAUACCCCUCCAUCUCCUCCAGAACCACCGACUGACUCAGCUCCCACACCUUCACCGUUCCUCGCUGCCACACCAGGUGAACUUGUAGUUCCAAACAUCUCAAGCCCUCAAGCACUCGUCAACAAGAUUUUGCAGAUCGACGGCCGCAUGCCGAAUGGCCGCAACCCCAAUUCCUGGAAGGAAAUUCGCUGCUACAGGAAGAAUCAGGAUAUGGGCAGCCUUUGGGAUGUGAGACAAGCUUGGUUCUUCAAGCAGAAAUAG